AUGGCCGAGGCCGGGCGCCGAGGAGCCCGGGCGCCGGGGGAGCUGGCCCCGCCCGCCGGCUGGCCUCGAGUCAACGCGGGAAGCCGGGCUGCGCCGCCGUUCUCGUUCCUCGGCGCCCGGCACCGUGGCGGCCCGGUGGGGAGCGUUGCAGCCGCAGCUGCCGCUCUGCAGAGCGGCCCGGUCGGCCGGGCGCCUGUUCCCACUUUUCUCCCGCCGCUGCGAGCCAGGAAGUCCAGACUGGGCUCCCCGACCCUCACUGACCCCGACGCCCCCAACCCCUUCGUGCAGAGUUACAUCUCCUGCCUCCAGAGGGUUAAGUUCUGCCUCCUGGGGGCACUGCUGGCCCCCAUCCGAGUGCUUCUAGCCUUUAUCGUCCUCUUUCUCCUCUGGCCCUUUGCCUGGCUUCAAGUAGCUGGUCUCACCGAGGAGCAGCUUCAGGAACCAAUUACAGGAUGGCGGAAGACCGUGUGCCACAAUGGGGUGCUGGGUCUCAGCCGCCUGCUCUUUUUCCUGCUGGGCUUCCUUCGAAUUCGAGUUCGGGGCCAGCGGGCCUCUCGCCUUCAAGCCCCCGUCCUUGUUGCCGCUCCCCACUCUACUUUCUUCGACCCCAUUGUCCUGCUGCCCUGUGACCUGCCCAAGGUUGUGUCCCGUGCUGAGAACCUUUCUGUGCCUGUCAUUGGAGCCCUUCUUCGCUUCAACCAAGCCAUCUUAGUAUCCCGGCACGACCCGGCUUCUCGGCGCAGAGUAGUGGAGGAGGUCCGAAGGCGGGCUACCUCAGGAGGCAAGUGGCCCCAGGUACUAUUCUUUCCUGAGGGCACCUGUUCCAACAAGAAGGCUUUGCUUAAAUUCAAACCAGGAGCCUUCAUCGCAGGGGUUCCUGUGCAACCUGUCCUCAUCCGAUACCCCAACAGUCUGGACACCACCAGCUGGGCAUGGAGGGGCCCUGGAGUACUUAAAGUCCUCUGGCUCACAGCCUCUCAGCCCUGCAGCAUCGUGGACGUGGAGGUAUGACAUCCCCUACCCCCCCACUACCAGCAUGGUGAGGAAAGGAGGAAUGGCUCUCAACGGACUGUGAGUGAGAGUACAUCUUAGAAAAACACCAGAUAUGUCUGUGGUGGGAGGGCUGCGGCCAAGGUCGUGUGUCCAGGAAGAAGAUGAGUAAGCUGUCUGCCUUCAACAUUUCUGUUUAGGCUGUCCCCUGGCCAUGUGGAUGCUGGGGCAGAGCCAGGCCGGAGUCGAAUGAUCAGCCAGGAGGAGUUUGCCAGGCAGCUACAGCUCUCUGACCCCCAGACGGUGGCUGGAGCCUUCAGCUACUUUCAGCAGGAUGCCAAGGGUUUGGUGGACUUUAGAGACGUGGCCUUGGCACUGGCAGCUCUGGAUGGGGGCAGGAGCCUGGAGGAGCUGACUCGCCUGGCCUUUGAGCUCUUUGCCGAGGAGCAAGUAGAAGCACCCGACCGCCUGCUGUACAAAGACGGCUUCAGCACCAUCCUGCACCUGCUGCUAGGGUCACCCCGCCCUGCUGCUGCGACUUUGCAUGCUGAGCUGUGCCAGGGGGGUCCCCACCAGGGCCUCUCCCUCUGUGAGUCACUGCCUCCUCUGCCAGGACGGCUCGGGCCAUCAUCAGCACAGGCUGGGAGAGGGUGCUGGGGAUCCUCGUACAAGAGGUGA